AAGCCUCCGGUCUCACAAUCUUUUGACUUUCGUUGGUUUGUUUAGUGCUCUGCUAGCUUGCCUGCCUGUGUUGCUAGCUAACUGUUAACGCUCAACAACUCAUUUAUAUCUGUGGUGUUUUUCGUCAAGACAACACCUCAACAAGCCUGUAAAGUCGGACGGGGAACACAGUUAGCAGUGGUAUCUUCCUUACCUCAUGCGACAGACACAGGCUUAUAUUAACUUCUUUAACUCUUUCUUUCGCCCACUUAACGUGUCAACAACAACAACACCAAACAGACCCUACAAGCAGGCAGGGCCAUGGGAAACACAUUGCGCACGCUCCGACUUCUAAGGAACAUGGGAAGUGUAGUCCUUAUUGGAGGAUGACGGGAGAUGACGCUCUGCACAGGGGCACACCCACGAGGCGGUGCGUUGUUCAUGGCAGCAGCAUCAUGCGUUCAUCUGGGCUCUAAAAGCGGCUCUAAACUCGACUCGACCGCUGCCUGUGUGUAUCACAGUAUCGAUGGUUGUCUGGAGGAUAAGAAAUGCGCACAAAAGGAAAUAUGCACUCAUAUGCCUGUGCAUUGUCGGCUUCAUCAUGUACAGAUAUCUUGGCAUGCCAGCAGGGGGACGGAGAAUGAGCAGGAAGGUGGGUCUGAGUGCCAACUCGUCCCAGUUCACCCUGGGGGGGGAGCCCUUCCGCAUCCUCGGGGGAUCCGUCCACUAUUUCCGUGUGCCCAGGGCCUACUGGAGGGACCGCCUGAUGAAAAUGAAGGCCUGCGGCAUCAACACCCUCACUACGUACGUGCCGUGGAGUCUGCACCAGCCAGAGAGAGGGGUUUUCAACUUCCACACACAGCUGGAUUUAAUAGCCUAUAUCAAUCUUGCUGCUGAAUUGGGGUUGUGGGUGAUUUUACGCCCAGGCCCAUACAUUUCCUCUGAGCUGGACCUAGGAGGACUGCCAAGUUGGCUCCUCCGUGAUGGUAGCAUGAGACUGAGGACGACUCACCCAGGCUUUGCUCAGGCCGUCAAUGCUUUUUUCGACAAACUUAUACCAAAAGUGGUUCCACUCCAGUUCAAGAAAGGAGGUCCCAUUAUUGCAGUGCAGGUGGAAAACGAGUAUGGAUCCUUUGCAAAGGAUGACACUUACAUGCUGUUUAUUAAAGAGGCCUUAGAGUCCAGAGGGAUCAGCGAGCUCUUGCUCACGUCAGACAACCACAACACAGUAAAGUCGGGGGGUGUGGACGGAGCCAUCAGAUCAUUGAAGCUGCAGAAGCUUAAUCAGAGAGACAUCCAGGAUCUGAAUGCUAUCCAGCCCAACAGCCCCAUCUUGGUGAUGGACUACUGGACCGGCUGGUAUGAUGUGUGGGGUGACCUCCACCAUGUGCUUCCCCCAGAGGAUAUGGUGUCCACCGUGAGAGAAAUCCUGCGGCGAGGCAUGUCUGUUAAUCUCUACAUGUUCCAUGGAGGCUCCAGUUUUGGCUUCAUGAGUGGUGCCCUCGCUGAUCCUUCCUACAAAGCAUUGGUCCCCAGCUAUGAUUAUGACGCUCCCUUGUCUGAAGCUGGGGAGUACACUCCAAAGUACCACCUCCUUAGGGAUUUGCUUUCUCGAUACAACAGUGGAAACAGUUUCCCUGACAUGCCAGCCCUGCAUUACAGGGAGGCUUAUGAACCAGCUAUCAUGUACCAGCAUCUGUCAUUAUGGGAUGCUUUGAGCUUCACUGAGGGGCCAAUUAAGUCACUAAAGCCAUUAAGCAUGGAGAAUCUGCCUGUGAACAACAGGAAUGGCCAGUCCUAUGGAUACACGCUGUAUGAGACUACCAUCACCAGUGGAGGAUCAUUGAAGUCAGGAGACAAUGUCCGAGACCGCGCCCUAGUGUUUGUCGACAGAAGCUACAUUGGUCUUUUCAAGCGCCAAAGCCUGGAGCUGGCGGUUCCAGAUGGUAAGGGACAGCGUACCUUAAGUUUAUUGGUGGAAAACUGUGGACGAGUUCACCGUGGAAGGGACCUUGACAAACAGCAUAAAGGCCUCGUGGGAGACAUUUUAUUAAACGAUAUCCCCUUGCGGGAUUUUACAAUAUACAGCCUGGAUAUGAAACCCAGCUUUAUUGAUAGUCUUUAUCAGGCACCUUGGAAAACUCUCCCUGAAACUCCGAGCUUCCCUGGAUUUUUCAUAGGGAGGAUGUUUGCAUACGGGUAUCCGAGUGACACAUUUAUGAGGCUGCCAGGCUGGGAGAAAGGUGUUGUGUUUAUCAAUGGGCUGAAUCUGGGCCGCUACUGGUCAAUUGGUCCCCAGCAGGCUCUCUAUCUCCCUGGCCCCUUUCUCAACAGUGGACAUAAUCAGGUCAUUGUGUUUGAAGAGCAGGAGGGUGACUACAAGGUCCAAUUUGAGGACACUCAUGAUCUUGGCAUGGCAGCAGACAUCCAGUGACUGCCAUCACCUCUGUUGACAUAGAUUUACAAAGUGAUUUUAACAUCAGGUCAAAAUUCAGGGAUAGCAAUAUUGUUAAUAUCAUGGUCAUUGUAUGAUAUAAUACCUUAAAAUCUUCAUACAUACACACAGACCAAUAUGAAAAAAGAAGACAGGCAUGUUUGUAUGGGAGCAGUUUAUAGCUAUAUACAUACAGUACCUUUAGUUACAGUGACUCUUUACACAUAGAGCGCAAUUACAAGUAUAUUCUCUUCCCCAUAGAUUUUUUCUUAAGAUCCUGCUUGGGGAUGGCAGUUAUUGUUGAUAUUGUUGUUAGAUUUGUAUUGCUUGUGUGAAUAUUCUUCAUAAUGCAGUUAUUGAAAUGGACACGUAAAACAAAAACCAGGCUUAUGGGACAAUCUGAUCUUAGGCAGGAGCGUUUCAUAUGAAAGACAAGCAGCAUUGUAGCAAAUUCAGACCCUUAUCUUUGAGUGAAAGUGCAAGGUUUCAGAUGCCUGACACGUCGAUAACUGAGAAAACUCCUAACAGCAACAGAGUCUGGGAACAUUAGCAUUUGUAAGCAGUGCCACUGCAAGUCAAUGGGGUAUGAAAUCAUCACUUGCAAGCCAGCCAUCCAUGGUGGAAAUAAUUAGGUUGUGUAAUACAGCAUACAGCACAUAUGAAAGGAUGCACAUCCAGUGUAUUGGCUUCAUAUCCCAUUGACUCGCACAUGCAUAGCUCAGGACUAACAAGUGAACGGUACCACCAGCUACUCUGAAACAAUAAAUAACUCUGCGUAGAAACCUUCCGUUCACUCAAUGGGAUCUUAAUUAGCUUACAAAGAUGUCUGUGAAGUAGACAGGGCCCUAGGGAUACUGAAUCUAAUCUUAAAUAUGAGUAGACCUCAGUAGUGUUACAGCAUAACAGGAAUAAACAAGAGCUUGCAAUAAAUGACUGUAAGAGAGGACAUUGCUGUUAAACUGUAAUAAAUCAUUGCUCCGUGUUUUUUUAAGUGCAUGUGUGUCCGUGUGCUCACCAUGUGCAGUGUGACAGCUGAGAAUGUGUGUAAAGGAGUUACAAGACCUCCAAUUAAUGCUGGGUCCGGGGGGGCUAUCUAAAUAGCUCAGUGUUGUACAGUACAAGUGGGGAGGGCUCAGAUCCCCUCAGUGCAGUCUGUCAGUCAGUGCUGACUCACGUAAGACAAGGGCCCCUUUUAUUCCUCUGUGCCGGACAGCCAGACUUUCAGAACAAAAGGGCCCUAUUUAAUGCUGAUUGGAUGGUUGGCUGGUGUUGUCUGCGCUCAGAGGGCUCUUUAUUGCGUGCAGUGCCAUCUCUUCCUGCAGUUUAAAUCGCGUAUCGUCCUUUGUCUCAGCCCUCCGAGGAGACCUCACUGGGCAAGCUCCUUUUGGCAACUCCCACCAGUGUCUCGCAUUAGCCAGUGCUCUGAGCAGAACGGGGCGGCUGGCUUUUGUGCAGUUGUGCUUUGAUACUCUGUAGUCCGUUCAAGCACGUGGCUUGUGCUGCCUCCUGGGGUGGGCAGGUGUGCCUCCAUUUCAAAGCGGUGGUGAAGUGCACCCUACUGUGCUGUGAUAAUAUUUCUGACCCUGGCUGUUGCUAAUUAAGGAGCUCUGAGGUUGGUUUGAAUCCAGGUAGAAUCCAAAUGGAGAAAUGCCCCUAAAAGGACAGACAAUAAGGAAACAAGACCCAUGUUAGAAGCAGCGCUUUUAUUAGUCUACAGCCACGCUGUUGUGCCUUAGUGCAGCAUCUGUGAGCUAAAAGCUAACUUUAGUAUGCUCACAAUGACAAUGCUAACAUGCUAACGCUAAGUAGGCAUAUUGUUUACCAUGCUCGUCAUCUUAGUAUAUUAGCACGUUUGCAUGCAACAUACGCUAGUUAGCACUAACCAAGUAAACUGAGGCUGAUGGGAAUAUCAUUAGUUUUGCAGGUAUUACAAAUUCAAAUUUUGACAUGAUUGCUAUGAUUUUGACUAAAGGAAAAAAUACAAAGAUCACCAUAGUCAUAAGAUGUAUUCUCUGGGAACCAUGAACGUCUGUACAAAAUAUUCUGUUUACAUCUGUAUAUAUUUAAUACCCUCAUUAUGCAUAUACAUUUACUACAUUCCUGUUUACACUAUAUUCAUCGCAAUUACUGUCUACUUUAUAAUACUUUAUUCUUUAUAUUAUGUUAUAUAUUUUUUUUUUUUUUAACUUGCACUACCUUGUCUUAGAUACUCAUAUUGGUGUUACUUGUGUGAUCUUCCUUUUCUUUCUGAUACAUGUUUUAUUAGUAUUGUUGGAGGGAGCCUGGUGCCUACAAUAUUCUUGUCAAUGACUUCCUGUUAUUGUUGUGUACAUGAUAAAUAAAGUCCUUGAACCUUGAAAUGAAA